AUGAAACUUGGUCAGAAUGUUAAUCUUUUGAUCUUUAGUUCGUAUCUGGGUCCACUAAAUAAAAUUAAAGGAAAAUAUAUGGUGAAGUCUCAAAGCGGAAAAGAAACGUGGACCUAUCCUAACAACUUCAAAGGAGAACAUGUGUCAGAGUCAAUUGGUGGCUUGAUUUUUGAAGGAGAGAUUUUUUCUAUAUUUACUGGUGGCGUACAUUUCAUUGUACAUAAUUGUUGA